GAUCCGAAUUCCUCCUCGAUCGUACUAGAGAAAAGCCUCCGUCGUCCGAUGCCGACGGACUUGCUUUCUGAUCGGAUUUUUUCCGUUGCAUGAUGACGGCGAUUAGGUUUUGAGUGGUGGCUAUGGAGACCUCCGUUUGCAGCUGGAUCUCUGAUUUUGAUUUCUUGCUCUCCGUUGUUGAAUUAACGUGGUUUACGCUUCUGUGUGGUGGCAUUUUGUUGCAGCAAGCCUGUCCACAAGUGAAGAACAUCCUGGUGUUGGAUUCCGAAGGCAAGCGCGUCGCCGUGAAGUACUACUCCGACGAGGAUUGGCCGACGAAUGGCGCCAAAGAAGCCUUCGAGAAGACAGUCUUCUCCAAAACUCACAAAACAAAUAAUGCCCGUGCUGAAGUUGAAGUUACGAUGAUCGGAAGCUACGUGAUCGUGUACAAGUUCGUCGACGAUCUCCAUUUCUUCGUUACAGGAGAUGAAGAUCAGAACGAGGUGAUCUUGGCCUCAGUUCUUCAGGGGUUCUUCGAAGCUGUCGGCAUUCUGCUCAGAGGCAAUGUGGAGAAGAGGGAGGCGCUUGAGAAUCUGGAUCUCAUCCUUCUGUGCUUGGAUGAAACUAUCGAUGGCGGUGUUCCUCUGGAAACAGAUCCAGCUGUUCUUGCUAGCAAGGUAGCUAGUCAUAGCAUGGAUUCGGGAGCUCCAUUGUCCGAGCAGACAUUGGCUCAAGCGCUGGCCACAGCUCGGGAACACAUCACGAAAUCCCUUCUUAAAUGAUGAAGAUCCUCGACUUUGUACAACGCGCAGUUACUGCCUCUCUUCUUAUACAUAAUAUGAUGGAUUGAACUUCGGUUUGUAAUCUGAAUGCUCUGGACUCCCCAGCUAGCAUAGGAACAUGUUUCUUGGAGCAACAUUUGCCCCUUCGUGGCGGGAAUGACGUACCCAUAGGACCAGCUUAGCAUAUGUAAUGCCAAAGUUUCCUGAAGGGAUGGUAUCCUUUGAGUGGUUCGCAUUAUCGUGUGGUCUCAUCGAUUUAUGGAAAACGAAAGGGACGUAGGGACGUAGCCAUUGCUAUACUGCACUCGACUCUGUUGCCUAGAAGCUCAUGACUACUUCGGAAUCACAACAUUAAUG